AUGGCCCUGAGCUCCUGGUCCCCAGAGCUGGGGUUCGGCGAGAAGGCGCUGCGGGAGGCAGCCGUCUCCGCCGGCCCCUCCCUGGAGCUGUGCACCUUCCCCUCCUCCCUGGGCUCGUCGGUGGCGACCGCGGCGCUGGAGCAGCUCUUGGUUGUGGAACAAUCACUACAAAGUGACUACUUUAAAUGCAACGAAGAAGCUAAGACCUUUCUUAAGGACAUUGCUAUCGCUGUUAAGAAAUUGGAAGAAAUGAGAAAAGCCACAAUUGAUCUCCUAGAAAUUGAAAGCAUGGAACUCAGCAGACUAUAUUUUCUACUGGAAACUCUUCCCAGUAACAUUGGCAGAGAAUUGGAAGAAUGUAUCAGAGAUGCACGCAGAUUAAAUCUUUUUGAGAUAAAUCAAAUACAAACGGACGUUACAAGGAUGAAUGAUGCAACACAGUCUCUGAAAAUGAGAAUACUUGAUCUGAAAAGAACUAAUGAAGCUCUAGGUGAAGAGCAAGAGAAGCUGGCGAGGGAGCAUGAAAAGUUAGUGAUGGCACUCAACCACACGAUGGGAGAAAAGGCCGCCACCACUGUUUACAUCAAUGAGACUUACACCAAAAUCAACUCGGAGAGAAAAGAAAUGGAAUUGCAAAAACGACAUCUCGAAGAAAUAGAGGAACAUUUGGAAAAAGAAAAAGAGGAAUAUUUGAAAAGAAAACAAAAACUGGAUGAAGAGAUUGAGAGAUAUAAAAACUUCUGUGAAUUUAAGAGAACAGAGACUUAUAAAAAGAAGAAAGAAUUGGAUACAUUAAAACUUAAAGUGUCAAAAAUGAAAGAAACAGUUAUGACCAGCACAGUGGUUCUUAGUGAUCACAAUUUAGAGAUAUCACGACUACAAGAAUCAAUAAGACAUUGGGAACAAGAGCUCGAAGAAAUGAAGAAAUCCUGUAAGAUACUGGAGGAUAAAUUACAAUUUUUUGUAAAUACAAAAGAAAAACUGGAAGAUUCAUCUGGUAUUGAAAAAGAUGAAUUCUUGCAGAAGAUAAAGCAGAUGGCUGAGAAACUACACAAAAAUCGUUUAGAGAACAAAGACCUACGGGAGAAAUUGCAUACUCUUACCAGGCAAUAUAAGAUUGUCUUAAGUGAGGAGGAUAAACUUUUUAUGCAGAAACAGAAAAUUUACAAUGAAAAUCAGAAACAACUGGCAUUUAUUACUCAGAAAGAAAACUUCCUAUCACAAAGAAAAGUAGACAUCAAAAAUAUGGAAGAAGGACUUGUCACGCUCCAUGAUCUUCAUCGAGCAACAAAAGCAGUUUAUCGGAAACAAAUAAAAAUCCUGAAUGAUAACCUGGAAAGAGAAAAUCAGAGAUGUAUUAUAACUCAGUGGAAAGUAGCUUGUUUGCGAAAAAAACAUGCACGUUGGAUAAAGAGGCUAAACAUUGAAAUAGGAGAAAUUUUAGAUAAAAUUCAGACUUCGGAAUUCAGACGCACUGAAUUAUUACAAGAGACCACUGUACGAGAAAAAGAGAUCAGUGAAUUUUUGGCAGAGAUUGAAAAAGUUACAUUGGAAUUAAAACAAGAGAAGGAGGAAUUUAUUGUCAAAGAAAACAAGUUAAUUCAAGAGUUGAGCAAGUAUGAGAAAAGAUUUGUUGAGGAAACGCAAAGUAAUAAAGUAAAGGAAGAGGAGCUAGUCGAGUGUCUUCCACAACUUCAAGUGGCAGAAGAAGAGUACAAAAGCAAAAGUGGAAAAUUUGAAGAGCUCAGUAAUAUUAUUACAGCACAAAAGCAGGAGCAGAAUUUACUAAAUGAUUACAUUUCUCAAAUGGCAAAAGACUUUUCGAGAUAUUUUAGCAACACGGAAAAAGUGAAGCAAGAACUCAAAUACUUACGAGAUCAAGAAAGCCGUAAGAUUAAAAAUCAUUUUGAAACUCUAAAGAACUUAGAAAAUGAAAUCUAUGUGCAUGACUUAAAAGUAGAUGUUUUGCUCCUGGAAAAUGAAAAAUUAAGAAAAUAUAUUGCAUACAUGAAGAACAAGAUAGAGCAAUACAGAAAAGGAGGAAAAGACCUCAAGUCCAUGUCAAGUGACCUGUCUUGUCAACUGACGGCUCAUCAGACACAGUAUUUGGAUUUGUGGGCUGAAUUUCAGACUACAGUUAAGGAACUGGUAAACAGUGGUGAUGAGAUUUUGCAAGAAAUAAAAAACCUGACAGAGAAGCUAAAGGAAAGAGAUGAAAACAUUGAGCGUAUCAGCAUUUGGCUACAAGGGAAUCUUGAAGAGCUGCAUUUUCUUAUGGAACAGGAAUCAGAAAUAGACCUCCAUAAAAAGAAGAAACACAUUCCUAUCAAAAAAGUCCAUCCCCCGGGGUUUGAAUGUACUAUGAAAAACAUUAACAAAGAAAAACUAACAAAAUAACUUCAAGGCUACACCUGCUGUGAAUUUAAAAGGCAAAAACAAAACUACAAAACAAGUGAGUGCACUUUCAUAUUUUGCAA